AUAUAUAUAUAUAUAUAUAUAUAUAUAUAUAUAUAUAUAUAUAUAUAUAUAGCCUGCUGUAUGGUUUGCAGUCUGCGCCUACUUGCUGCACAUAUUAAAAAAGAUUCAUUCCAGUGUUUCUCAGCCUAAAAGAAUUGAAGAAUGGGUCAAGCAUUCGGUUGCUAUCAAGUUGAUCAGUCAAAUGUGGCCAUCAAGGAGCAUUUUGGAAAAUUUUCUGAUGUUCUAGAACCUGGAUGCCAUUGUCUGCCUUGGUGUCUUGGGUAUCAGAUCGCUGGUGGUUUGUCACUCCGUGUGCAGCAACUUGAUGUUCGAUGUGAGACGAAAACAAAGGAUAACGUCUUUGUCACUGUGGUUGCGUCUGUGCAAUACCGAGCUGUUGCUGAGAAAGCAUCUGAUGCAUUCUAUAGGCUUACCAACACAAGGGAGCAGAUCCAAUCAUAUGUUUUUGAUGUUAUCAGGGCCAGUGUACCAAAGUUGGAGUUGGAUUCUGUCUUUGAGCAGAAGAAUGAUAUAGCAAAGGCUGUGGAGGAGGAGCUUGAAAAGGCCAUGUCAACUUAUGGAUUUGAGAUAGUCCAGACCCUCAUUGUUGAUAUUGAGCCCGACGUUAAUGUCAAGAGAGCAAUGAACGAGAUUAAUGCAGCUGCUAGAUUAAGGUUGGCUGCAAAUGAGAAGGCUGAAGCAGAAAAAAUUCUGCAGAUCAAGAAAGCAGAGGGAGAAGCAGAAUCUAAGUAUCUGUCAGGACUCGGUAUAGCUCGCCAACGUCAGGCCAUUGUGGAUGGACUGAGGGACAGUGUGCUUGCCUUCUCUGAAAACGUGCCUGGGACAACAGCUAAAGAUGUGAUGGACAUGGUGCUGGUGACUCAAUACUUUGAUACCAUGAAAGAGAUAGGGGCAUCUUCGAAGUCGUCAUCCGUGUUCAUACCGCACGGCCCUGGCGCCGUGAAGGAUAUCGCCGUGCAGAUCAGGGAUGGUCUUCUUCAGGCUAGUGCUUCACAGACAAAUUAAGCUUUCUCGGAGUUGUAAAUAACGUAGUGUGUUGUCUUCUUUUGUUUGGACUUAGAAUGUCUGCAUAUUUUCCUGUUCCUAUUUUGCAUGUGUUCAUAAUACAUCUUAAGUACUGAUGUCUAGUUUUUUUAAUACUUGUGUUGAGGAUAGUUUUGAUGACAAGCUGUUUGUGAAUCCUAUUGUUGGAGGAUAUGCUAUAUAAGAAUUACUUUCCAAAAUAUGUGUUCUUCUUGAGUUCUAUCUUGUAAGUUGUAAAUUGAAUGUGUAAAAUUGCAGUUCUCUA